CUCAAACAGGAUAGGACAGGAGGGAAAAUUCUAUAGUAGGACUUUCCUCUAAUGAUAUAACACGGUAAAAGGAAUAUCAAACAUCUACUUAUCAGAAAAACAAUUUAAGAGAUAUCCGUUUAUUAAAUACUGUCUCAUUCUCUGUCAUAAAAUAAAUUGCAGUUGAAAUGUCAAGCAAAGAAUUACAGGGUUACAGUUAUGUUGAUUAAAUUAGUUGCCUGUGAAUGGGUCUUUACCAAUGACUCAUGGACUUUAAAUUUGUUUAUCAAAUCAAUUUCAAACAAUGUCUUUACAUGUUGUUAAGCUGAUUAAUUAACCAAAACUAUAUUUUAUACAUAUAAGAUUAAUCAGGAUUUCCCUGCCCAUACUUACUACUAGUAUGUGAAUUGUCAUUUUCUCAUCCCGUUUUUCCCCUGCUUGCAUUUUAAGGGAAAAUACAGUAUGUAUAAAGUAGUUCAACUUUUCGGUUCUGACAAUACAGAUAUGUAUGUACUUGUAUAUGAACAAAAAACGAACUUCAUCUAUGUGUUAUCAUAAUAGCUUCUUCAUAUGAAGAUGAAUUGACAAUCGGACCAACAUUUGAUAUCAAUCGCAAAAAUAUCACACUGCAUGGGAAAAAACAAAUUUGGUCAAAGAAAAUUAUCUAUGAAAAGCAUUAAUAUUGAUAUAUACGGAGUGCAUCUUUUUCAGAUGGUUGCAUUAGAAAAGGCGAGAUCUUUUCUUUAAAUCAUAGUAAAUCAUGUAAAUCACUUCCACUUUACAUAUUAAGCAAAAAAGGGCAAUAGCUGCAUGACCAUUUGUAACAGAACAAAUCGAUAUUUUAAAUAUACACACGUCUAAAACGAGACUUUUUUCUAUUUUUAGAAAAAUACCCGGGGUAAAACCCACCUUAGAUUCUAUUUUCUCUUUCUUUUUUCAUGGUAACAAUGUCGGACAGUACAUCGACUGUGUAUUCUGUCUCGUCAGAUUCUGAUUUAAGCACAGAUGAAGAUACCGAGGAAAAUGGCGUAUCAAGGGAAUAUAAAAGUGUCAACAUAUCAGUUAAAGAAGGCGCUUUAGAAAAGGAAGAGGUUGACGUCAUUGUGAACAGUACAUCAGAUAAGUUAAAGCUACGGCAUGGAAGGGGGUCGCGAGCCUUGUUGGAAGCCGCGGGGAACGGGCUACAGACUGAGUGUGACCAAAAGUACCCCACAGGAAUUACUAAGGGUGAUGUAGCAGUAACUGGACCGGGAAAUCUUAGAUGUAAAUCCGCCUGCCACGGGUGUCUUAAGAAAUAUGGAUCAAAUGACGCAGAAAAGAUACACAUGGAAUUCAUAUCCAAAUGUCUGAAAGAGCUAGACAAUCAAAAGCUCUCUUCAAUAGCUUUCCCUGGUCUAACAACCGGGUUUCAUAAGUUUCCGAAGAAUGUUGCGUCUAAAAACGCAUGUCGUGCAAUUUCACAGUACAUAGACGCCAACCCUAACACCAGCCUAAAGGAAGUGCGCUUUGUUAUACAUCCCGAAGACAAAGAGACAUUCAAGGCUUUUUGUGAUGCUGUUCAAACUUGGGAUUUAAGUCCUAUUACGGAAAUCGAAAGAAAAGUUCAUUGUAGAUUUCUGAUAAAUCAAAUAACCGUCCUAAUCAAAGUCGACAAGAUUGAAGAGGAAGAGAUCGAUAUGAUUGUCAAUAGUGUGAAUAAGACCUUAGAUUUGGGCAAAGGAUCUCUAUCCAAAGCAAUAGCAACGGCUGCUGGUUCAGAAGUUGCAGAAGAAUGUCGACGAGAUCAUCCGUCAGGUGUCAGUGAGGGAAAUGUUGUCGUCACCUCCGCCGGAAAUUUGAAGUGCAAGAAAAUUUGUCACGCAUGCGUACCUUCCUACAAUCAGAAUGACAAAGGUGUUUCCAAAACGGAUAUACAAAAUAUUGUAAUCAAAUGUUUGGAAAAGGCCGAUGAAAACCAAUGCAACUGCGUAGCCUUUCCUGCUUUUGGAACCCUCUACAAAAACUAUCCGGCGCAAAUCACGGCCGGUGGGAUGCUAAAAGGAGUCGACCAGUUCUCAAAAUCCCACACCCAGUCGUCUGUAAAAAGAGUUAUCAUUGUAAUAUAUGGUGACCAACAUGCAGAAAUAUCAAAGGCGUUUGUUGACGAGUCUGCCACAUACCGAGGGGCGUGUUCUGGACCCGAGAGAGGGACCCAGGAAUUUUGCCGCCAACAGUACCACAGAGAGCUCCACCCUCCUGAAUACUGGACCGAGUUUACGUCAGAUAAAUCUGUCAAGCUUUGGAAGACGGAGUGCGACAAGGGUUAUCAUAAAUUGGUGGAUGUGGAUUCAUCCACACACAAAGCUGUGGAUAAACUUGUCCAAUCCACAUGGCAGUCACAAAAAGUUGGUCAUGGCCGUGAUGCUCAAGGGUUGUCAGAAUUAAAGUACACUAGUAUUAAAGUUUUGAAAGUACAGAGACUGGAAAAUAUUGACGUUUACGAAAACUACUCCCAUUUUCGAGCACGACUUUUCCACAAAGCUGGUGACAUAGGAGUAUUCGAACAAUUGGCUUCGAUCUCGCAAAGCACUGGAGACAUAGCAACAACGAAGAGUCUGAAAGAAGACUCUGUCCUUACCAGUGAAUUGUACCAUGAAAUAAACGAGCAUUUCCUCUUCCAUGGAACCAAACCGGACACAUACAAAAAGAUUUUGUCUCAGGGGCUAGAUUUCCGCAUGGCUGGUGAAAAAGGAAUGUUCGGACAAGGGGUUUACCUUGCAGAAAGUUCCACGAAAGCUGACCAGUACACAGACGACAAAUUAGCAAGAAGUAAAGCUGAAAAAAGGAUGUUCUUGGUCAGGUCAUGUCUGGGAAAAAUUCAUCUCGCCAAAACAGCCAACAAACUCCAGAGGCCGCCGUGCUUUCAGACUGGGUGUGAAUCGGACUCCUGUGAACAUCCGGAGCGUCAGCGCUGUGACAGCGUGGUCGGAGACGGCAGCUGGAUCUUCCGAGAGUUUGUCACGUAUAACCACCAUCAGAAUUACCCAGAAUACCUCAUCACUUACAAAAGAGUGUAACGUCAUUGCACAUUUAUUACAGUUUUGGUGGAUUGUUAAAGGUUUGUCGGUGUUUAGUUUCGUGGAUUUACAUGUACAUGUACUUGCAUUAUUGACUGUGUGGAUUUUUUUGUUCAGUUCAACUGUGAUGUUAAUUUAGAGGUAAAAGGAUCCCAUAAAAUCCACGUAAAUUAAGUCACCGCGAAUCUUAUGACUCCAAAGUUUCAUUAUAAAUGGUGUGGUUUGAGAAGUAUAUCAUUUAAGUUUGCAAUGUAUUGUAUACCAGUUGCUUCAUAAAAUUGGAUUUUUUCUUUUUGGGUGUAUUUAUUAUAAACUUCCAUGAAUGCAAUAUAAGAUGUUAAAUAUUAAAAGUUUACAUUUAUUAUACUUUUAAAAAUCUAUAUGUUCAAAAAGCCAACUAUGAAGGCAUUGCCAUCUUCGCUAGCCAAAGGUUUACAAUCACCUCCGCUCCCCUACAUUGUAUGAAAAUUUAUUUUCAGUGAAUAUUGCUACAAUACAUUAAUUUCAUGUAAUGGUUGUAAGCACUUUUUUUUUAAAUGUGUGUGUUCUUCCUACAAGAAUUGUCUUCUUUUAUGCUUGUUGUCAAAUGUCUUUACAAAUAUCUAUAAUAAAUUAUUAUUUACAUUUGUAAAAGAUGUGUGUAUUUUAUACUUUGGAGUUUUACUACCAUUCCUGUAACCAAUUAAUUAUACACUUAGCAAGCACUGAAAUCGUAGAAUG